AUGCAUCAACGCGCACUCCUUUUCUCUGCCUUGAUGGCAGCUACUCGUGCCCAGCAGGCUGGCACUCUCACCACUGAGACGCACCCGUCUCUUACGUGGGAAGAGUGUACCUCUAGUGGUAGCUGUUCCGAGCAAUCCGGAUCUGUUGUUAUUGACGCCAACUGGCGUUGGGUUCACUCAACAGACGGCUCCACCAACUGCUACACUGGAAACACGUGGGAUGCGACUCUUUGCCCUGAUGACGAGACUUGUGCCACCAACUGCGCCGUGGAUGGCGCAGACUACGAGUCAACAUACGGCGUGACAACCAGCGGAGGUGACCUCACUCUGGGCUUCGUCACCGGUUCUAAUGUUGGAUCGCGUCUGUAUCUGAUGGAGGACGAGACCACCUAUCAGAAGUUCAAUCUGCUAAACAGGGAGUUCACCUUUGACGUGGAUGUUUCCAACCUCCCAUGUGGACUCAAUGGAGCUUUGUACUUUGUUGACAUGGAUGCAGACGGUGGAUUGUCUGAAUAUGACGGUAACAAGGCUGGUGCCAAGUACGGAACUGGUUACUGCGAUUCUCAAUGUCCUCGCGACUUGAAGUUCAUCAACGGCGAGGGCAAUGUCGAUGGAUGGGAGCCAUCCAGUAACGAUGUCAACUCUGGCAUCGGCAACCAUGGCUCCUGCUGUGCAGAGCUGGACAUCUGGGAAGCCAACAAGAUUUCCACUGCGCUCACACCCCACCCUUGCUCCAGCACUGGACAGACAAUGUGUACAGGCGACGAUUGUGGUGGCACAUACUCCAGUGACCGCUACGGCGGAACCUGCGACCCAGAUGGAUGCGACUUCAACCCAUACCGCUUGGGCAACACGACCUUCUACGGUCCCGGCAUGGAUGUGGAUACUAGCUCAGUGAUGACUGUCGUCACCCAAUUCGUCACUAGCGAUGGAACUGACACCGGCACCCUCAGUGAAAUCAAGCGUAUCUACGUUCAAGAUGGCAAGGUGAUUUCCAACUCGGCCUCGGACGUUAGCGGCGUAUCUGGUAACUCAAUCACCUCCGACUUCUGCACGGCUCAGAAGACCGCCUUCGGCGAUGAGGAUGUUUUCACCAAGCAGGGCGGUUUGUCUGGCAUGGGUGAAGCUAUGGCAGACGGAAUGGUCCUGGUCAUGAGUCUCUGGGAUGACCACUACUCCGAUAUGCUCUGGCUGGACAGCGAUUACCCGACCAACGCGACUGCUACCAAUCCCGGCGUUGCUCGUGGAUCUUGUGCAACUGACUCUGGUGCACCUACCGACGUGGAGUCUGCAUCUGCAUCAGCCAACGUAAUUUACUCGAACAUCAAGUUUGGUCCCAUUGGAUCGACCUAUUCCUCCUAA